CCCGGCGGGCCGGACGCGACGGGGGGUGCAAUCUAUGCGAAGUGUUUGUGAGCCCAGAGAAGGCAGCCUGGAGUACAGAAAGAAGCUCUCCCAUUAACAGCUGUGUGACCCCAGGCAAGGCACGGGCCCCCUUGUGAGCAGCAGACCGGCCUGGUGGCUGGCAGCAGGACCCCCUCGCCUGCAUGCUGAAGAAGAUGGGUGAGGCCGUGGCCAGAGUUGCAAGGAAGGUCAACGAGACUGUGGAGAGCGGCUCUGAUACCCUGGAUCUGGCCGAGUGCAAGCUGGUUUCCUUCCCCAUUGGCAUCUACAAGGUCCUACGGAAUGUCACCGACCAGAUCCACCUCAUCACGCUGGCCAACAACGAGCUCAAGUCCCUCACCAGCAAGUUUAUGACCACGUUCUGUCAGCUCCGAGAGCUCCGCCUGGAAGGGAACUUUCUGCACCGCCUCCCCAACGAGGUCAGCACCCUGCAGCACCUCAAGGCCAUCGACCUCUCCCGGAACCAGUUCCGUGACUUCCCCGAGCAGCUCACCACCCUGCCAGCCCUAGAGACCAUCAACCUGGAGGAGAACGACAUCGUGGAUGUGCCUGUGGAGAAGCUGGCCGCCAUGCCCGCCUUGCACAGCGUCAACCUCCGCUUCAACCCCCUGAGUGCUGAGGUGCGCGUCAUUGCCCCGCCGCUCAUCAAGUUUGACAUGCUCAUGUCUCCUGAGGGUGCACGGGCCCCCCCACCUUAGGCCUCCCUCCUCGCGCCCGCCCAGCAAGGGGCAGAGGCCACCUGGGCUGGCACCCUUGGGGAGGGAGUCCCACAGGCCCAUGGGAGGCCAAGCCUGGGGGGCUGGGGGCGGGUGGGCCAAAGAGCAUGUGGUGGGAGGGGGCGCAGCCGGUCCAGCAUAGAUAGCUUAGAGCACUAGUGGGCCCUGGAAUGCCCGGACGGGGAGGGGAGGCGGGGCUGGAGCCUGGACGCUGGGCACUCAGCUGCCGGGCACAUUCGGGCCCCCUCCCUCGCCGAGCCUUGUUAUCUGGGAGGAGAGGCAGUGGUGGAGGGCCUCUGCCUCCUUUGAGCUCCUUGGAGGCUUUUCGGGCAACACAUGCCUUCAAGUUACCUUCAAAACAUCAGGCACCUUCUGAGCCCGCAGAUAGCCGUCGCUGAGCGCUUUCUGGGCCGCUGUGGGUUAGAGGCCUUGUUUCUGGUACUGAGAGCCAGCCACUGCCCUGAGAGGAAGAGAAGACAACCUCCAUCUGGUUAGUGCUUCCUGAGGACUGACCCGCGUGAGGCCGUCUAUGGGGACCGCCUCCUCAGCCCUGUGGGUCUCUCUGGAUCAGCGGGAGCCUGAACCAGGCAUCGUGGGAAAGCUGUGGAGAGAGCACGGCCCUGUGCUCUCGCCGGGGCUGAGAACGUCUAUAUAGGAGCCCAAGGCCCAUCAGGCCAGGAAACCACAGGAGCAAAUCAGGUGGGCUCCGUCCUUCUCUUGAUGAAGACAUCAGCGGGGUAGGCAGUUCCGAGUGCUCCUCAGGACAGACCAGGCCUGCCUGGCAUCGCCCGCUGAGCCGCACGAGAGGUGGCCCAAGAGAAGCAAAGCCAGCCGUGCCUGUGGCUCUGGUACGAGGUAACUGGCUACCACCAUGGUCUCCCGCUGGCAGCAGCCUGGCUGCCUCGUCAUUGGUCCACCUGUGGGCAGAAGGCACUUUGGACCUUGGAUUUGUGGCUGGCCAGCUCCCAAGCCCACCCAAAGCCCUGAUGGCCUAGUCAUUUCUGGGCCCUCCACCUGGAGUCCAGGAUGUGGCCGGGCCAUAGGGCUGGGACUGAGGGAUUUCCCGGGACGUGGGACUGCUGUGCUCCCACUGGGACAGUACUUGGCAAACAGGGACAACUGGUUUCCUACCAGGAAAGGGCCUGGGGCUCUUGCUUUCUGAUAAUAUCUGUGGUGUGGAGAAUCCCUGACCUCUUGACCCCCCAGGUAUCCGCCUCCUACAUUCUCAUCUGCCGAGCAAGCAGACUCAGAGCCCAGAGCCCACCUGACCUGGACCUUUGUCUUGGUCUGUGGGACAUACCUGAGACCCCAGGACAUGGGACAGGCCAGGCCACCCAACCCUACAUCCAUGUACCGGUAGCCACUCCUCCACUCCCAGGGUUAAGCUUCUCCCAGCCCAGACCCUCAUUCUCAGAAUGCUGUGUUCCUUCUCUCCUCCCCAGCCCUGGGCGCCCCCCACCCUGACCCCCUGUCUCCUGGCAAGGACUGACAGGUUGGACCAUUAUUGGCCCAUCUCUUGAGUGCUUAGUGUCCCAAGAGAUGCUCUGUUUACUCUGCUCGUGUCAUAAGGCCUGAUUCACCAAGCUCUGGGAAAGGGGUUUACAGGGCAAGGAGGUCCGGAUGGAUCUUCGGGGCUACAGGGCUCAGCUGUGGACAAGUGGGAAUUGUGGCCCAGUCCAGGCUGGCCUGGCCCCACCCACCCUAUGUCCCAGAGUCAAAGGAGAAGUGCACUUUUCUGAUAGGCACAAAGGCACUGUAUGGCCAGAGCCGUGCAACUCAAAGUGUGGUCUGUGGACAGGCGGCACUGGCAUCCAUGGGAACUUGUUCAAAAUGCAGAAUCCCAGGCCCCACCCCAGACCCCCAGAAUCAGAACCUGCAUUUCAACAAGAUCCCUAGGUGAUUCCUAGAAGCACUUUACUGUUUGAGAAGCCAGGGUUGAGGGGUGACCCUGAGGUUAUCCUUGGAGUGGAGGAUAGUGGUUCUCAGCCCUCCCCCUGCUACUCCAGGUCUCUGAGCCUGUGCUUACCCUCAGUCCUAAGCCAGCCCUGGGACACCCCGGGCCUCUUAGAUCUUUUCAGAAUUUGCGUGACUCUUGCAGCAAAGGGAGUGACCUGAAGUCACAGGAGAUGAGGGUUGGGUUUGCCUGGCCCUCCGGACACUGCCCUCCUGGUUACCCUCUGCAUACCCAGCCCCUGCUUCCCAGGUCCUCACAUCGGGCCCUUCGAAGGGGUUGCUUCUGGAAGUUGUUUUCUACUCUGCUUGGAGAGUUUGCCCUUGCCUGUGUGGGAAAGCUUGAGCCGUGAGAGAAGACCCCAGAUCAGAGCCCGCAGUGUAAACGAGCCCUCAGCUUCAGUUUGCAAUAAAGAACGCAUUGGUUUCA